CGGUGGAAUGAUAAACGAUGGAAAUUAGAAAAGUGAUGGUAUUGUCUCAGACGUUCUUUCCAUCGAUUCCAGAAUGAUUGACAGGGUGCAAAGUAAAUGAUGUCAAGAUGUGUGGCCUUUCGGGGGACAUGACCUCGGUAAUGUAACCAAAAAAAAUAGAGACAAGGGCAACACAUUUGAGACAUUGCGCCAAUUCUUAGUGGACGAUCAACAUCUCAAAUAUCAGUGCCUCUAUUUCUAGUGAGAGAUGAAAUUCUGUGUAAUAUCGAUGCUAUUUUAUUUCACUUGCAUAAAUCCCCUCGAUGGAUUGGACGUGAUUGAUUAUGGAUCACUUAUCGAAAAUAUUUAUGAUACUUAUGGUACUGCUGGGAUUAUUAUAGCAUCCAGUGCGAAUUAUCAAUCGUUUUCGAGGCUGACUGUCUGGCACAGAAUAACUAAAAUGAUGUCUGAAAAAAGGAUAGCAAUGGGUCUGGUGAACUUCGAACAAUUCAAAUCUCGAUUGGAGUUCUACAAUAGCAGAACUGUGCGGCCACUCGUUGUCGCGCUCUUCAGUAAAAUGGAGGCAAUCAAUAACUUCGGGGAACUCGCAGCACAUAUAGACAUGAGUUAUCCUGUCUGGUUAUUUCUGUUCACCAGUGAAGGGAAUUCUGACAUUUGCAAGUUCUGUCGUAAUCCAUACCGGAACUUACUGAAUCUCAGAUUCAAUUCCGAGGCACUCGUCUCGUGCUGCAGUUCCGGGAUUAUUGACGAGUGGUGGUCGAAAACGACGAACCACACGAACACCAGGGAACUCGGUAAGUGGAACCAAGAGCGGAGGAAAAUCGAGUGGUUCACCGAGAGUUCGUGUGCAAUGAAAGAGUUGCCUUUGUCACUAAUGAAGCUAUGAAAGACGCAAUGCUGACUCGAAUUCCCUGUGAAAUAGCGUCAAUAAAAACUGGAAGAAUCGAAACAUUGGGAAUGAUCAUGCCUUUGCACAGUGAAUACACGCCUCUGGUCAAUUUUCACAUUCAGAGGUUCAGGGACAAUGGAGUUCUCGAGCGAUUGAAGAAGGAGUACUUCAGACGAGAGGAUUCACCUGAACUUAUCCAUCCACCUGUGGAUAAAUGGGGAAUAGCACCGAUCCUCUGUGUCUUAACCGGUGGAUUCAUCAUUGCUCUCAUUAUUUUCAUAAUGGAACACGGCUUUCAUCGCAUCAGCGAAAGAUUCAGCGACAAGACGUUAAAAUUUACGAAUAAAAGGAGUAAACGUGUUCAUUUCUCCUGUGAAAAUCCACUGUUAUUGCUGCGAAUGAUAGAGUUGUUUAUUACACAUCUCUGUUCGAUAGUAUCCAUAAUAAAUACGGAACUGCUGGAAUUAUUAUGGCUUCAAGCAAAGAUUAUCAAUGCAUUCAAGGCGGACGUCUGGGCUCUCAUUAUGGGAUCAAUCUUAGUCAUGCCAAUUAUUUUGACUCUCAUUAAAUACACGCAGAGGAGGAAACAUGCGCUUGCAAUGAUAAUCGAGCAUUAUUCGUACGUUUGGGGGAUUUAUUGCCAGCAAGGAUUGUCAGAAUUUCCUAAUGAGACGCCCUUGAGAAUUUUGUACAUGUCAAUAUUCAUAACUGCGUUGGUAGUGUCAGCUGCAUAUUCUGCGUCACUGACGAGUUUCCUCACGGUUUCUUCCGUUUAUUUGCCAUUCAAUUCGAUGGAAGAAUUUGCUAAUGACGGUCGUUAUCAAUUAAUAGUGUUCCAGGAUAGCGCCGAGUACGAGAUGUUCAAGGCGUCCAAUGAUUCGAUCAUGAGGAAAAUGAUGGCCUUAAUGAGACCUAGCCAUACACUACCUCAAACCCUUCUUGGAGGACUUCAACAGGUGUGCACCAAAAAAGUGGCAUUUUACACAAACGAAGCGCAAAAGCGUUCACUCAGCAGGAAAUUGCCUUGCGACAUCGUCUCCGUGAGAACAGGAAGAAUCGAUACCCUAGGGAUGAUAAUGUCCCCUCGCAGUGAAUACAUAGGACUCGUUAAUUACCACAUUCAGCGAUUCAAAGACAAUGGAAUGCUGAGUCGACUGAAGCAGAAGUACGUUCUCGAGGAAGAGUCCAGUGAUGGUUCCUUAGCCCCCGUUGGGAUUGGAGGGAUAGCUCCAAUUUUCUUUCUCUUGACCGUAGGAAUUUUCAUCGCCUUCUGCUUAUUCAUCAUCGAAUGCAUCUUUCCACCGCUCACCAGUAAAUUUUGCAAGCGAAACAAAGAGAACAAUCAAUUAUCCAGACAUCCAAUUCAUCCUGGAAAGAAAUAA